CAAGAAGUACUUUUCUAAUUCUGACACUAAUAACAUAUAUUUUUACAGGUUUCAAUACCUUCGCUACAUAUCUCACUUGGGAUAUUUAAGAAACUGUUCGAUAUUUUAGAAAGAGAUGUCCACGAUAUUGACUGUCAAAUAUUUUAUUUGCGACAGAGGACUCUUGAUCCAACUAGUAGGUAUGUUUUCAAACAUGUUAUGUACACUCCUUGAGAAUAGUAUGCAUUCCAAAAUACUGUACUUAGAUAGAUUUGUAUUCUUUUUCAGGUGAUCAUGAAUUGACAGACUUCGAAACAGCCAUUUCAGAGGCCGCCACAAUGAGAAACAACAGUAUUACUGAAAUCAGAUCCUUGAAUGACGCUAUUGAGCAGAUGCGGGAUGAACUCCCGUUAUCAAUCCUUGCUAAUAGUGAUGUAAUGUCCAACAAAGUAGCAGACAUCUGCUACGAAAUUGCUGUGAAAGAACAGAAGGUGAAAGACUUGGAAAAUCAUAUAGAUCAAGAGCUGAAAUUCGCAAGUGGCCCCUUGGCAACAAGUAUGGAUGAUGUUUUGCAUGCUAAUAAAAUACCAAGACAACAAUAUCAUGGGAAAAGCUUCGUUGGAAAUCAUGUUCACAAAGCCUGCAAGAUUAACAUCAUUGACAAAUUGAUGACUGGUAUGAACUCUGCCCUUAAAAAUGAUCUAGAAGAAUGCCCGAUCAGCUCAGCAAAAAUUCUAAACACAGCAUUAGAAAAAAUAAAAAAGAAGCACACACCAGUUUUUGAAACAUUUGCUAAGGUACACACGUUAAUAAACCACACACGACCUGUUAAUCCAACUGAACUGAGAGAAUAUGAGUCGGCAAUCACAGAUUUUUCAAGAGAGUAUCGAAAA